UGCAAAUCGUUUUAUGCGUCCGAGCAACCUAUGAAAAUAGCUUAUUUGCUCUGACAACACAAUAUAACAUUAUGGAUAGAUUUGUCUAUUAAUGUAUGCCAGUGUGGUUUAAAAAAUUCAAGGAGUGAAACAUGUCAGUUUACCCAGUGGUAAUGUGUUUCCCUUGAUGCGUCUGUGCCGAUCUCCGCCCUUCACAUUGACAUUUGGAGCAUGUGUGAAUGAGGCGGCGGUGCGCGAGACUCACGCAGUUUUGUUUUGUUUUCUCUAUGUUUGGCGAUCUGACACAACGAUUUCCCAGAUGGCGUUUUAAUUCACCAGGCUCAAUUGUAAGGAUUUGUCUAUUGUAAUUGCAUCAUGACUUCGGUUUGGAAGAGACUUCAGCGCGCUGGCAAAAGAGCGUCGAAGUUUCAGUUUGCUGCGUCCUUUCAAGAACUCACUGUAGAGUGCACGAGAAAGUGGCAGCCAGACAAACUGAGAGUGGUAUGGACCAGACGAAACAGACGUAUUUGCACCAAGCUUCAUGGCUGGCAACCAGGUAUAAAGAAUCCAUACAGGGGGACUGUGGUCUGGCAGGUUCCUGAAAACAUUGACAUUACACUCACUCUGUUUAAGGAUCCAAAUGCAGAUGAAUUUGAGGACAAAGACUGGACAUUUAUCAUAGAGAAUGAAACAAAGGGCCAUCGGAAAGUUUUAGCAUCAGUGGAUGUGAACAUGAAGCAGUACGCAAGUGCGACGCCGGCUCAGUUUGAACUUGUCCUUAAACUGAAGCCUCUAUCUGUGAAAGUGGUGGACGUCACACUCAAACUCACUCUGUCCUGUGUCUUCCUGAAAGAGGGCAAAGCCACUGAUGAAGACAUGCAGAGUUUGGCCAGUCUGAUGAGUUUAAAGCAGUCUGAUGUUGGAAACCUGGAUGACUUUAAUGACAGUGAUGAAGAAGAGGAUAAAAGACUGAGUACAGCAGUGAAAAUGGCCACAGCUGUAAUAGCUCCUCAUCCCUCUGCUAGAAUACAUGACAAGGCCUGGAGACCUGCUGUAGACACAGGCCCCUCUGACACAGAUCAUUCUAAAAUGGAGGGAACAAAUUGUACCUUCAUUACACCAAACGUUCCACUCCAGUACCACCCCCUGCCUGACCCUAUUGCCACGCCCCUCUCCACUUCCUGUAUCCAACCCCUUCAUGCUGCUGGCAGUGGUCCACAGACACGCCCCUCCCCCUACGCCUUCACUAUACCUGCAUUCAUUCGAGCCCAUCCACCUGCCCUGCCCAGAAUCUUCCAGCCUCCGGCAGGCUCAGUUGCUGUAUCUGUCCCCCGAAGGCCCUGCAGGGGUCUAGUAAAUUCUGAGCAAAUUGAGACCACUGGUUCUGCUGAGGGUGCUGUAGCACCUCACAUGCUACCCCUCACUUCUCUUUCGGGGCUUUCAACACCUCCUUUUCCUAUUUCCUCUGCUCAAACAUGCUCGUUCCCUCAGCAGACACCAUUGCCGGAUAUUACCCACACAGCCGAACUUUCUUCUGCUCGAGGCAAAUCCAGGAGACCUCAUAGUUUCCCUUCUUUUCCAUCUUCCCCUUCUACUCUUGACCCUGCCAUCUCUGACUUUGGUUCCUCAUAUAAUUCUAUGACACUAACACGGCCCUCAAAAAUAUAUCGCACCUCAUUGGCUGAGCCAGGUUCUGCCCUCACAAAGCCUACAAGUAUGCCCUGUGCCACAGAGACAGCCUCUUGGCAAAGAGAGUGGAGGUCUCCCAAACUGCAGCCUGCUUUGUGCCCUGUUCCCUCUACCUCAACACAACAUAUUAACCCUAUGCAGGACUUGCAGCCAACGUGCCACUCAGCCUCAACUGCCUCCUAUUUUCCUGCGCAAACCACUUCCCUAAUGGAUGCACCUCUGCCUGCUUUAUCUUCAUCCCAUGUGCAUUCUCCUGCCCCUGUGGUUCCCCAACCAAUAAAACAUGUGCCCUUUACUGUUACUCCCAACUCUGCUGUAACAUCUCCCAUUGUUGCUCCAUCCUCUGAAAUACUCAACACAGUUUCUGCUUCUACCCCUUGCACUCAAACCCUCCCAACUGCCAGCAUCUCUCCUCUUUCAGCCUCAUUUGCUUUGUCUGCAAUUGCCCCUGCUAUACCAUCUAGUUCUUUAUCUACCCCAAAGCCAAGUAUUUCUGCUUUCCCCUCAUCUGUUCCUCGCACCAUUUCUGAUGCACCGAUUUGUUCCUCUCCUGAUGUUGGGCCUGUGGUUGCUCCGCCUGUUGUCUCCGAGUCAGUGUUGACCUCAGACCCUUUUCAAGGGGUCCAGACGUUUGAAUGGAGGCAUCAGGUUGUGCCCACAGUGAUUCGACCUAAUGUGCGUAGACCUAUAGCCCCCUUUCCAGUGGAAGCACCUAGCUCUCAUUUUUCUCCUGUCAAUCUUUCUAAAACCCCUGAUCCCCACAUUUAUAACCAAUCCUUCACUGCAUCCUCACAUAUUGGCUUCAUUUCUGACUCAGUCACAGAGAAACACAGACAUUUAAGUGUAUUAACAGAGGAGGAAUAUCCAAAUACAGUAUGUUCUGAGGAUGCAGACACUAAACUUGAUGUUCCUCAAAACCAUGAACCUCACCCUUCCAAAUCUGGAGGCAACCAAAGACCAAACAUCAGUUUUGACAAGCAGCAACCUGUUUUUGGACUUGAGGUUGUAAGGCCUGCAAAAAGGCCAGAGAGUUUGGCCUCCUUGCUGCCAUAUGACCAUAUGUCACCUAAUGUCUCUGAUGUUAAAUAUUUUGAGCUGCCACAACCAGAACUGUCUGAUGCAGAGAAAAUGCCCACCUAUGCAGUCUCCAAAACUAUCCCAGAAUCUUCUGUGGUCCCUGUCUUUACUUCCUCAAUGAAUGAGGUCCAGUCCAUGCCAUCAGAUAAUAUACAGAACUCUACUGAGCUUGCUGUUUCGCAAUUAGUUGCACAAAUGCAAACAACAAAUGAGAUAGGUCCUCAUAAAGACAAGACCUUGAUAGAGUCCUCUUAUGUUAUAAGUAGUGUUCAAAAAGUGGAUAGAAUACAAGAACAGACAACAAGUUUAGAAUGUAUGACAAAGGUCCUUCAUUCUGAUCCGGAAAAGUCCCAGUCCCAUCAUAUUGAUAAGGGCACCACAAGCAUGGAUGCUAUGCUACCCUUAUCACCACAAAUGUCUCCGUGGUCAACAUCCGUAUUGGCUGGUGAUACAGCUGAGAAUCACACAAGAGACUUGUUUGUAGACAAGCUGCUGAUUAACCAGGAAGUUAGCAUUCUUCCCUCUGAAUAUCAGAUAAAGAGCGAAGGAGAGGAGGCUAUGAAAAGUGUGGUUGUGUCAAGAUGUUUUGAAGAUGUCAGUCGUGUUCCUUCUGUGCCCAACAUGGCACUUCUUCUUCCAGCCUGCCCCAAAACUGCUUUGCUACCAGGAAUGCCAUCUUUAACUUUUCCAGAGGGCUUGACAUAUAGGGCUGAGUCUGUAAAAGAAAUUGAGUGCAUUAAGAAAGACAAACCAGUGGAAUGUCUAGAUUUGGAAUAUGCAUUUUAUAACACAAGUACAGUGAAGAAUAUGAUGUUGCUGCAGUCGGCCUGUCCAAAAACUGCCAAUAUCCCAGGAUUUCCAUCAUUGCUGUUUCAUAUGGAACAAUCCCCCAACAUGGUUAGCCUCCUUUGGACAUGUCCCAAAGUCUCUCUAGUGCCUGGUUUACCUUCAAGAUACCCAAUUAUUUGGUCAGAUGAAGGAUACUGUAAACAGAAUGUGGUAUUAUGGGAGAGACAUUUUAGGAAAAGUAAUGAGCAAAGUUUGAUAAUGUCCUCAAUGAAAGCUAAAAAUAUGGCUGCAUUGAAACCAUCAUGCUCAGCAGCACCCAAGAUUCCUGGAUUUCCAUGUGCUCCAAAACCGGGUAUACCAACGAGUAUGGCCAGUAUUUUGCCAUGUUGUCCAAAAGUGUCCUACAUUGCUGGAUUUCCAUCUGUAAAAGAUCUUAAUUCAUGUCAAAAUAUUGCCCAACUGUGGCCAUCCAACGAUGAAUUAUCUAUGAUAAUCGCACAAAGAAAUCAGUCAUAUUUGAACAUCCUUUUGCCUCCGGAAGACAUUGAUCUUAAUCAAUUAAGGGGAAUCAUAAGCAUAGUGCCAUGUUGCCCAGGAAAAGCAAGAACUCCUGGUUUUCCAUCUGUUCCAAAACAAAAACAAGACAUUGCAUACAAUAUGACAAAAUUUUUACCUUCCUGCCCAAAAGCCACUUUGGUCUCUGGAUUAUCUUCUAUACAGAUCCUUGCAAGAGCAGAAUGGCCAGAGAACAUGAAACCAUUUUGGAUUAAGACACUUGCAUGUCAGCCAUGUCAUUCAAUCUACCAAUGUCCAGAACAGUAUAAGAUUCCACAAGACAACAAUGCGAAUAAGAGUAUGACAUCAAUGAUACCAUCUUGCCCAAGAAACGCAAGAACACCUGGAUCUCCUUCUGCACCAUGGCUCAUGCCUGAAACCCAAAUAAUUUCUGGCACACUAUCAACCUGUCCACUGAGUGCUAAAACUCCAGGAAUCUCCUCUUUACACCUGAGCAAAAAUGAUAAGACUAUGGUAAAUAACUGGUCUUUUAAGGACAAUGCUGUUUUGGUGAGAAGGUGUUUAAAAGAAACACCAGUGAACCCACAUAAGGAGAUGAAAGUUGCUUAUCAGGACGAAGAACGUUUUAGAAUGCAUGCUAUUUUGCCAUGUUGCCCAGCUAAAGCAAGUGUUGCUGGCUUUCCUUCUGCACAUCCUUUGGUCAUGGUUUUAAUUUCCCCUUCUUGCCCCACAGUUUCAACAGUACCUGGAAUGCUAUCAAGCAAAAUAUCCAAAGUGGAAUUUCAGUGGUUUGUAAAUGAGACACCAUUAUGGGUUGAACAACCGAAGAGUAGGCUUUGUCAACUCAAACAUCCUGUUCUGCCUCAGUACGGGGAAAUCAAGGAUGAAGCAAUCAAAAGAAAUAUGUUAGCUUUGCGACCAUCUUGUGCAACCAGUUCUAAACUGCCUGGCUUCCCAUCAGCCCCAGGGCCAAAAAAGAAAGGAAAAGUACCAAGUAUGGUUUCUAUUAUGACAUGUUGUCCACAUCGUACUAAAAUAUCUGGCAUUCCAUCACUUGACUUAGGAAAUGGGACUUCUUUAACCGCAUGGGCUUUUGGGGAGAUGCCUCUGUACAAGCGGAUCCUGAAGGAUGAGUCAAAUAUGAUAGGCACUUCAUUAAUAAACUAUGUGCAUCAGCCGAAUUUUCAAAUGGCAGAUAUGAUUACUGUGCCAUCUUGUGCAAGGCAGUCAAGUGUGCCUGGAUUUCCAUCCACAUAUAGUAGUUUAUGGUCAACACAAUUUGAUGGCCACAAACAAGGAUAUUCAACAGUGCUUGGUAUGACAGAUGUUAAAGUAGACCUUUCCUCUCCAAACAAAUCUGACCAUAGAUUUGUAUUAGAGGAGACCAAGGAGAAUAUUAACUUUUCAUCCAAGGAAGGAGAUAAGGGAAUCCUUGAGAGGGGGAACAUACAUUGCAGAAUGUGGCAUUCCAUACCAGACAUGCCACUAUUAUUGACUGUGGGGAAGAGAUCUGAAAGUGAUCAGAUCCUACCUUCUUCCACACGCAGUGAGACUUGCAUAGAUAGUCUGGCUAAAAACAGUGCGGUGGAUAAGGGUAUAUUAUGGGCAUCAACAGAAAGACCAGAUCAGUUGGCUUAUGAAUUGAAGACAGGACAGACUACAGAUGGUCUGGUGCAUUCACCAGCGAAAGAUCAUACAGGAGUGCAGCAAAAGUGUGUACCAAACAUGGUAGAUCUUCUUCCAUCAUGUCCAUUGUUUUCCAAGGUUAUUGGAUGUCCAUCUACAGCCCAUUGUAGCCAAUAUGAAACAGACAUAAUGAACUGGCCCACUGGUUUAUUUAUAAUUUGGGACAAGACACAUAAAUCUACAAAUAACAUUUUGUCAACACCCUUUCAAACCCACUCUGAGGUACCUCUCACCUACACAUGUCCAAAUGAAUCGAGAAUUCCUGGAUUUCCAUCUGCUAAGAGAGCAACUGUUUUGGGAAGAAAUUUAAUGAGUGCAUUGUGUCCAUCUUGCCCAGAGACAUCCAUCGUUAUUGGCACACCUUCCCGGUCCCAAAUUCCAGAAGAAAAGCAUCAUGAGGAGUGGCUUAGCAUAAAAACGUCAUUUUUGGAUAAACACACAAAACCCAAGCCAAUUUUAAAGAUUGAAUGUCCAGUUGAGUACUCUGCCACUGUAAGGAUGGUGGCCAUGGUUUCAUGCUGUCCAUGUUCAACACGUAUUCCUGGUUUCCCAUCUGCCCCAAUGAGCAAAAUAACAACUAUUCAGUCAUGUGAAGAGUCAAGUCAGGAAAAUCUCUUAUCUACUAAUCCAAAAGAUUCAACAAUUUCUGAGUUGAAACAGAAUAUUGAUGCCAAAUGUGCAAAUGAAGCACCUCAUGAUAUAUUAACCCUACAAUCUCAAAGAGCUGCACAGAUGUUGGAUUCUAUCCCUAUAGCUCAAAUAGAGCCAAGUAUGUUGGAGCUUUUUCCAUCUUGCCCACUGCUUUCUAGUAUCCCAGGAUUUCCAUCUUUAAGGGACCUUCCAAGUGUAGAGUGGAUUACUGAACAGUCGAUAAUAUCCUGCAAUUUCUUGAAGGAGAAACCAACUGGAAUUUUUGACACUGGCACUAGAAAAGUUGGCAAUCAUCUAGAGAUAGCAAUGGCACCAACAUGCCCACAAGCGUCAUGUAUUCCAGGAUUUCCAUCUAGACCUCAUCCUAAAUCACACAUUGAGCCAAGCAUGCAAAACAUUUACUUCUCUUGCCCAACGGUUUCUUAUAUAGCUGGCUGUCAGAGCAUCCAGACACCUAAAACAUCCAACUGGCCAGUAAAUGCAGUAACCAUGUGGUCAAACCCAAUAAAACCUCCUGUUGUUGUGGACAUGGACACACUACGUCAACAAACCAUUUCUAGAAUGUUUGCAUUAUCGCCAACAUGUCCAUCAGUGGUCUGUGUCUCAGGUUUUCCAUCUGUGCCCAAACCAAUAAUGCUACACAUCCUUCCAACUUGCCCAGAGAAGUCUAAUAUUAUUGGAUUUUCUUCUAAAGGGGAACCAAAGCAUUUAGACAGGUCAAUUGACAAGAAAACAUUGUACAGUAUACCUCUUAGAAGCAAGUAUGUUGCUAUUGUUGAAGGACUGGAUUGGAUCAAUGACUUAUCAAAAAUAAUGUUUGCAUUGGCCCCAACCUGUCCACUAAAAGCAAGUAUACCAGGAUUCCCAUAUGGAUAUAAGCACAAAGUUAAGCUGCCUCCCAGUAUGACUGAAAUUCAUCAGUGUGUUCCGAAGAUGUCAAAAAUCAUUGGAUUCUCAUCAAGUGAAAGUGAAGUGAAUGCAGAAUUGUGGCUUACUAAUGAAAAGUCCCUAAUGGAGAAGCCACUGAAAACAAAAUUAGAAAAACUUGUGGAUUCAUCAUCUGAGCAAAUUUACAGGUGUAUUUUGCACAUGUUUUCACUAGUGUCAACCUGCCCAAGAGAAGCUUGUAUACCUGGUUUUCCCUCUUUACCCCACAUUAAAAUGGAAGGUUUCUAUCUAAAUAAAAAGCCAGACAUAGUCAAUCUUUCACAUUCAUGCCCAAAGCUUUCUUUUAAAUUAGGAAUUCCUUCAGUAAAUUUUGUAUCUAUAGAGGAAUCUCAACUUAGCAUGUGGUCAACUCAGAGAUCGAUGUGGAUAAAACCCUUUAAGGAGAGACUUAUUUUGUCUGUUGGUCAUGCAAAGAUUUCUGAAGAAGAUUCCAAAACUAUGUUUUUGCUUGCUCCUACCUGCACUGAUAAGGCACAAAUCUAUGGGUUUUCUUGCUUAGAAAAGCCCAUAAAAGAAAAGUGCACAAUGACAUCUAUUGAGCAACCUUCUCCAGAAGCUGCCCAGCCUGUAACCAAUGAAAUACAUUUUAACCACCAAGUAACGGAAGUGCCAUGUGGACCAGCUAAGGCAAAACUUAUUGGUUUCCCAGAUACUUCUACAAGUUUAACCUCUGCAUUAAGUCCACCCCACCAACAUACUGAAUCUGAAUCCAAAUUUACCCAACUCGUAGAAUCAGAAAGAAAUCAAAUGCCUGAAAUGAAAGAAACCGACAAGGCCAUGAAAAUAGAAUAUUUUUAUGAGGUGCCCUUGCCUAAAGGCAUCAGUAGUGAACAGGAGUAUUUUCUGGAAGAGCAACAUUUUGGAGAGCAAUCUUCUAGUAAAAUCCAUGAUACCACAGAGCAAGGAGAUACUGAUAUAGUAUUAGGGUGGGAAGUCUUGGAGGCAGAUGAUACUUCUACAGAAAAAGAAGGAUCUUCUGGUCUUGUUAAGACUAUAGUUGAUGUCUUUCACAGAGGUUAUGAGACCGUUGCAGCAAUAUGGCAGCCCUCUAGUACCGAAUCAGUCUUGGACACAUUAGAUACUGCCAACACCCUUUCUUUUUCUAUGGAUCAUGAGGACAAAAGCAUUCAGAUGGCCAGUGGAUGUGAUCAUUUAUUGGAGGCACUCGGACAGGCAGCAGAGCCUGAAGUGUUCGAUUAUGCUGAACCCUACAUGUGGCGUUUGGUUGGUGGUCGUUCGGAAUCAUCACUCUCAUCGACAGAGAAUGAAAGCUGUUCUUUAGAAGAAGAGGAUUUUUGUCUAAUGAGGAAAUGGCCCCCCUUGACAGAGGCUGAUCUUAAUGAGAUGACCAAAGAGGAACAAGAGGACAACAUGCGUGUUGACUCAUUGGUGCAAGAGGGGACAGGUGUUGCUCAAGAGCAGGAUUUUAAGAAAACUAAUAGUGUUGAUGAGAAUGUGACGGAGGACAUUGUAAAGUUAAAGAGAUUACAAGAUCAAGCAGCAGAAUUUUCAGUCACAUUAUUGCCAGAAAAGGGGCCACAAGACUUUAAUGAACAAGAAGUCUCUCAUUUCUUCCAACUGACAAAGGCCGAAUUAACUGAUGAAGAGACACUGUCUAUAUCCUUACCAUCCUCACCAACAAUAAGUAACAUAAAAACCAACGAAGACGCUGUUGAUUCAGCGUCAAAAGAACUAAUGCCACCAAGGAGAACCAAGAAACAAGAGAAUUCAUCAUUAUUGACACUAGGUUGUGAUUCAGCUGUGAAAUCCUCUGAACCAGAUACUCAGUGUGACAAUAUCUGUGUCAUAAAACAAACAUACUAUUCCCAGAGUAUAUCACAUAAUGUACAGCAUCAUGGUGCAGAUGUUACAGACUCAGAAAGAGUGUCAGAAACAGAAAAACUCUCCAUCAUCAAAAGUUCUUCAGCUACAUUAGAUGAGGGUCAAUCUUUAGAGAAAGUGUUAGAGUCUCAUCCAAUACCUGUGCCAUUGACACGAGGCAAAAAACGCCAGACUGCCACUUUAACUGAUGAUGCGUCUACGGUAGAGGCUGCUGAAAAUGAAACAAAGGUGGACAAAAAUGUUGAGUGUCCAUUAGGAUCCCAAAAAGAGAAGUCCACACCCCAAGAAAAUGUUCAUCUUUUGUCUUCUAAGUUUCACACAUUACAACCUGAUAAUUGGUCUGAUGGGCAGGCACUAACAGUCACACAAAUAUAUGCCCCUAAAAGGCAGAAGAGUAAAGUUCAAUCCAUUAAAGACACUGCAAGAGAGGCUGAAGUAAAGGGCUUAGAUUUACCAUUUGCAAUGCCGCGUGUGAAGAAGGGUUUGAGUGGUUCAUUUCCUGAUGAUCUUCCAACCUCCCCCUCCUUCUCUCUGGGGUAUUCAGAUAAUAUUGUUCCCCAAAAUGAAGAGCCUCAAGAUUCAAGUAUGCUGGUCCCAAUGCUCCGUCUGAAAAAACGUCUUAGUGGUUCUUUUCCAGAUGACCUUCCAACCCCCCUAUCUUGUGGGGAUAUAAGUAGCAUUGGUCCCCAAAAAGAAGAGCAUCAAGGCUCAGAUUUACCGGUUGCAAGGCCACGUGAGAAGAAGCGUUUGAGUGGUUCAUUUCCAGAAGAACUUCCUGAAAAAGAAGACCAUCAUGGCUCAAAUUUACCAGUUGCAAUGCCACGUGUGAAGAAACGUCUGAGUGGUUCAUUUCCAGAUGACCUUCCUGAAAAAGAAGAGUAUCAGGGCUCAGAUUUACCGGUUGUACUGCCACGUGUAAAGAAGCGUCUGAGUGGUUCAUUUCCAGAUCAUCUUCCUGAAAAAGAAGAGUAUCAGGGCUUAGAUUUACCGGUUGUGCUGCCAUGUGAGAAGAGGAAUUUGAGUGGUUCAUUUCCAGAAGAAAUUCCUGAAAAAGAAGAGAAUCAUUUGAGUGGUUCAUUUACAGAUGAUCUUUCUAAAAAAGAAAAUCAUCAGGGCUCAGAUUUACCAGUUGCAAUGCCACGUGUAAAGAAGCGUCUGAGUGGUUCAUUUCCAGAUGACUUUCCUGAAAAAGAAGAGCAUCAGGGCUCAAAUUUACCAGUUGCACUACCAUGUGAGACGAAGCAUUUGAGUGGUUCAUUUACAGAUGAUCUUCCUGAAAAAGAAGAGUAUCAGGGCUCAUAUUUACCGGUUGCAAAACCACGUGAGAAGAAGAAUUUGAAUGGUUCAUUUACAGAUGAUCUUCCUGAAAAAGAAGAGUAUCAGGGCUCAGAUUUACCGGUUGCAAAACCACGUGAGAAGAAGAAUUUGAAUGGUUCAUUUACAGAUGAUCUUCCUGAAAAAGAAGAGUAUCAGGGCUCAGAUUUACCGGUUGCAAAACCACGUGAGAAGAAGAAUUUGAAAGGUUCAUUUACAGAUGAUCUUCCUGAAAAAGAAGAGUAUCGGGGCUCAGAUUUACCGGUUGCAAAACCACGUGAGAAGAAGAAUUUGAAUGGUUCAUUUACAGAUGAUCUUCCUGAAAAAGAAGAGUAUCAGGGCUCAGAUUUACCGGUUGCAAAACCACGUGAGAAGAAGAAUUUGAGUGGUUCAUUUCCAGAUGAACUUCUGGAAAAAAAAGAGCAUCGGGUAUCAGAUUUACCUGUUGUAUUGCCGCGUGUGAAGAAGCGUCUGAGUGGUUCAUUUCCAGAUUACCUUCCUGAAAAAGAAGAGCAUCAGGGCUCAGAUUUACCGGUUGCAAUGCCACAUGAGAAGAAGAGUUUGAGUGGUAUAUUUCCAGAAGAACUUCCUGAAAAAGAAGAGCAUCGUUUGAGUGGUUUAUUUCCAGAUGAACUUAUGGAAAAAGAAGAGCAUCGGGUCUCAGAUUUACCUGUUGUACUGCCACGUCUGAAGAAACGUCUGAGUAGUUCAUUUCCAGAUGACCUUCCUGAAAAAGAAGAGCAUCAGUGCUCAGAUUUACCGGUUGCAAUGCCACAUGAGAAGAAAAAAUUGAGUGGUUCAUUUCCAGAUGAUCUUUCUGAAAAAGAAGAGCAUCAGGGCUCAGAUUUACCAGUUGUACUGCCGUGUGUGAAGAAGCGUCUGAGUGGUUCAUUUACAGAUGACCUUCCUGAUCCUUCUGCCUGUCCACCACCUUUAGGACAAUCAGUUGAUGUUAGUAUCUGCGAGGGAGUUCCAACUGAUACAAUCAAACCUGAUAUAGUUACCCACUCUGAAACGCACCUCAGUGCCAGCUUUUCUGGUGAGAGCUUCUCUGAAGUUUUAUGUUUUGCAGACUCAGAGGAGGGACAGCUUCCCUUUUCGGAAAAUGGACAAUAUUCUGUUGAAAUUGCCAAAGAGGAUUCCACACAAGACACGCAACUCCCCCCACAACUGAGAAACGAAGUAGGGAUAGGAAUCAUGGAGAAUGUAAACACCUCAACUGCCCAUGAAAUGAAACUAAACAUAAGAAGUGUAAAGGACUCUGAUAUGGUAAAUGUUGAGCAGAUUGCUACUGACCUGACAGCAGUCGGUGAAAAAGACAUUGGUGCUGCACUUGAUGAACAUGUUUGUGAGGACAAUUUGGGCCUGACCCCUGUAGAUGACACGGGUGUUGGCUUAGAUGUUUCUAGGCAAGAAACAUCAGACAAUACAGCUAAUCUUCCUGUGCCAAUGCCUCGCAUAAAGAAACGUUUAAGCGCCUCGUUCCCAGAAGACAGUUCCAUUCCCUCAUCAGCUUAUCAAAGUGAAGUUUCAGUAAAGGGCAGUGAUGAACCUAUAGUCCCCGUUCGUAAUAAAAGGAGAGCUGCAGCAGAUGCCAUGGACCUCCAAGGAAUUUCCACAAAUAACACUGCACCCAAUGAAACAGAGAUGGCAAGCUUGGUAUACUCAAGUCAGUCUCUGUUGGAAUGGUGCCAAAAGGUCACACAAGGCUACAAGGGUGUGAAAAUCACAAAUUUCAGCACCUCGUGGCGAAACGGCCUUGCCUUCUGUGCCAUCUUGCAUCACUUCCACCCUAAUAAAGUGAACUAUGAAAUGCUGGAUCCAUAUGACAUUAAACACAACAACAAAAAGGCAUUUGAUGGCUUUGCUGAACUUGGAAUCUCCAGGCUGAUAGAGCCCUCAGACAUGGUGCUGCAGGCAGUGCCCGACCGGCUCAUUGUGAUGACUUAUCUCAAUCAAAUUCGCACCUUUUCCACGGGUCAGGAGCUAAGUGUCAUACAGAUUGAAAAGAACAGCAGUGAGUCCAGUUAUGCUGUGGGUGAGAAGAGAGAGGAAGCUGACCCCGAAGCUGCUGCUCGCUACUGUGCCGAACGACUCCAGAGCAGCGGCAUCACUCUUGAGAACAGUGCGAACUCGGCUGAAGGAGAAGUUAAGGGAGAUUCUGGUGCUUUGAUGCCACUUCCAAGAACCAAGAGAACGCAGGGCCUAAGCCAAGCUGGAGGUUCAGGGGGCACACAGCCUCCAGUGGCUCCACCUAGAACUCCAUCCAAGGCUUUUUCUCAUGUUAGAGAUGCAGAUCUAGUAAAAAAGCGCAGAUCACAGCUACGGGAAAGUUCACUGGAUGAAGCUGAUAUGCAAGAACAGCAGAGUGCUAUAGAGUCUACAUCGGGCCAAGCAGAAACUGAAGGAAGAAGUUCAGAGUCACAAAACGUAGCGGUUGCUGAAGGGGGCGCCACAGGAGACAAGCAGGAUGUCAGUCAGUAUGUGUUGAGUGAGAUGCAGGCCCUGGAGACUGAACAGAAGCAAAUAGAUCAUAGGGCAGAUAUUGUGGAGAGGAAACUGAGAAAACUUAUGGAAUCUGGUAAUGAUCGUGUAGAAGAAGAGAAACUGAUUCAGGAGUGGUUUACCCUGGUCAACAAGAAAAACGCUUUGAUCAGGCGACAAGACCAUCUACAAUUAUUACAAGAGGAACAAGAUUUAGAGAGAAGGUUUGAGCUGCUGAAGAAAGAGCUUCAAGAUCUAAUGGCUGUAGAAGAAUGGAAGAAAACACAGGCUCAUAAAACCAGAGAGCAGUUGUUGUUGCAGGAGUUGGUGUCUUUAGUUAAUCAGAGGAAUGAGCUAGUGCAUGACAUAGAUGCCAAAGAACGAGGGGCUCUUGAAGAGGAUGAAAGGUUGGAGAGAGGUCUGGAAUUGAGGCGCAGGAAGUAUGGAAGUCGUAAAGAAAAGUGUGUGUUACAGUGAGGGAUGAUUUGAGCCUGCAUCUAUGCGGGACUGUCUCUUUAAACACUCAACGGACUAUAGUGUGGUGUGUGUGGACCAUAUCACAAUAAAUGACAAAGAGUAGAUCAGCCCCUCAGUCUACAUGUUGAAAAGUAUUCUGAACAGUCAGUAAUGCUUAUUUUGGGUGAAUUAAGAGUUUUGAUCUUUUAAAAAAGUCUGCAGAUAUCUUGUGUGAAAAAGUCAAAUGGACUGCUCUUUUUAAAAUAUGUACAAUUUAUUUAAAAGUGUACAAACUAUGGCUUUUGCAGUGUUACUUACCUGCAGUGUUAUUUAAUUUGUUUGUAUAACUGGGAUGAUGAACAUUCAUUGUAAUUAAUUCUGACCUACAAAGCUAUGUAUAAUGUUACAUAAUCCUUAAGUUGAACAAUGUUGAUGUUUAGUCCAAGUUUAAAGAAUAGAAACAGGUUUGUGAUGUGCAAAACCAGAAAAAACAAAUCUAAGCUUUUGGGAGAAUGUUUUCUCUUAGGUCAUUCAAAUGUGUAACAAAAAUUGUUUUAGCCAAACAAAAAGCAAUGUGGUGAUUUACUGUACCAUAUAGUGGUAUACACUUAGGUUUACACAAACUGAUGUAUGGGAGAUAAUAAGCAUUUUAACUUUGCACAAAGAAACCAUACAUAUUUUCCAAUAGUGCACUAUGUUUGGGUUUUUAUGCUAAUGAUUUGCACACUCUGGUACUUCCAGUUUACCCGUUGCCUGAUACACAGAAAACGAAUCUUUGUUUGUGUUUGAGUGAUAUUUUUUUUGUCGUAGGACUGUGCCUUAAGACUGAAGUGAAUUUAACAAAUGUUAUAAGUAUUUACAGUGAAUAUUACAGUUAUACAUAUUAUUAGGUAUUUAAAACAAAAUCAAUUCAGAGGAAAAUUCUGGAUAUUUUGUGUUGGAUUGCUCAGAGAAUUUUGUUCUAUGUUGGUCAAAAGCAAUGUAUAUUAAAACAAGCGACCUUUUUAGCUAGAUCCUGCUCACGUUAAGGUGUAAACAGAAUACAUGCACUCUAAAAAUGGCUGGGUUAUUUUUGACCCAUAAUGGGUAAAUAUUGGACAGAACACAUGCUGGGUUAAAAAUGACCCAAUUUUGGGUUGUUGUUAUGCAACCAUGGGGUAUAAUAACCCAGCAGUUGGGUUAAAAUAACCAAGCAUUGGAUCAAUUUUUAACCCAGCAUAUUUACCCAUUAUGGGUCAAAAAUAACCCAGACAUUUUUAGAGUGUGGAAUGUGUCAAAAGUGAAUGUGCAUGCUUAAGUCUAAGCAUUUCCUCUAAUAUUUAGGUACUGUACUAUUGGGAUUUUGCAGUACCUGGCAGAAUGAGGUUGCAAAAGCAUUCUAAGUAGUGAAUCCGCACUUGACAAAAGUUUUACUGUUUGGUCUGUGAUUUUAUCUUUAGGUGCCCAGUUGUUUAGACUUUAUGCUCUUUGCAUUAUCCUUUUCUGGGCACAUGUUUGAAAUAUUAUUAUUUGUCAUUAUUUCUAUUGUUACACCCCCAGAGCAGACACAUUUGGAAAAUAAAAGGGUUUACAAUUCUG